UGCAUCAUCUACGCCAGCGACAGAACAGAAUAUAAUGGAGAGCGGUGAGGCUUUCUGCUAUGGCGAGCUCCUUGAUAUAGAACCUGACAAGAGUGGAAUGGAGGCUCUAAAUGAUUAUCUUGCUACACGAAGUUACAUCGAUGGUUUCGUAUUUUCACAAGCUGAUGUGAAAAUAUUCCAAUCAAUACAAAAACCACCUCCUGAUCAAUACUUCCACGUGGUGCGAUGGUACAGGCACAUUGCAGCAAUUUGGGAUUGCACCCAAGAUGAUGCCAAAACCUGUAGUCUCCACACAUCAAAAGUGAAGAGAAUCCAACCACCUUGGUCUCUGCCAUCAGAAAUAAAACAACCUGAACUGCGUCUGUACAACAGUUUGACACGUAGUAAGGAGAUCUUCCGUCCUCAGAAUGGGAAGAAGGUGUUGUGGUAUUGUUGUGGCCCCACAGUUUAUGAUGCUUCCCACAUGGGACAUGCAAGGUCCUACAUCUCCUUUGACAUCCUCAGAAGGAUUCUAAUGAAUUACUUCAAAUAUGAUGUAUUUUACUGUAUGAACAUUACUGAUGUGGAUGACAAGAUUAUAAAGCGAGCCCGGCAAAAUCACCUAUUUGAUCAGUACAAGGAGAAAAAUCUGGCUCCUGCACAGCUUCUACAAGAUGUCAAGACUGCUCUGAAGCCUUUCACUGUGAAACUCGCUGAAACUACAGACCCAGACAAGAAACAGAUGCUGGAAAGAAUAAAUCGCGCAGUUUCAUCAUCUCUUAAACCGUUGGAGGAAUCAAUAGAACAGGCAAUUUCAAACGAGAAGAUCAACAAACAGGCCCAGGUGCUGUUAGUUGAAGCAAAGGAUAUUUUAUCUGAUUGGCUGGAUGUUCAGUUUGGAAGUCAAGUGACUGACAAUUCCAUCUUUUCAAAGCUUCCUAAGUACUGGGAAGCAGAAUAUCACAAAGACAUGGAUGCACUCAAUGUUCUGCCUGCAGAUGUUUUAACUCGCGUGAGUGAGUACAUUCCUGAGAUUGUACAGUUCGUCCAACAAGUGGUGGAUAAUCACUACGGGUAUGUCUCCAAUGGUUCUGUGUAUUUUGACACAGUGAAAUUUGACAACAGUGAAAAGCAUUCGUAUGCCAAACUGGUGCCUGAGGCUGUUGGAGACCAGCAAGCACUUCAUGAAGGAGAAGGUGAUCUAAGUAUUUCAGCUGACCGGCUUAGUGAGAAGCGCUCUCCCAAUGACUUUGCACUGUGGAAGGCCUCAAAGCCUGGAGAACCAUCCUGGGAUUCGCCCUGGGGAAAGGGACGUCCUGGUUGGCAUAUUGAAUGCUCAGCAAUGGCGGGUACAAUUCUAGGAGAAUCCAUGGACAUCCAUGGGGGAGGGUUUGACUUGAGGUUUCCUCACCAUGACAAUGAAUUGGCACAGUCUGAGGCUUAUUUUGACAAUGACCACUGGGUUCGCUAUUUCCUCCACACUGGGCACCUAACCAUAGCAGGCUGCAAGAUGUCAAAAUCGUUAAAAAACUUUAUAACUAUCAAGGAAGCACUGAAUGCAAAUACAAGUCGGCAAUUGCGUUUGGCAUUCCUCAUGCAUUCCUGGAAGGACACACUGGAUUAUUCCUGCAAUACCAUGGAAUCUGCAAUUCAAUACGAGAAGUUUUUGAAUGAGUUCUUCUUGAAUGUCAAAGAUAUUUUGCGAACUCCAACAGAUAUCACGGGACAGUUUGAAAAGUGGGAAGAGAAAGAGGUGGCGCUCAACGAAAGAUUUUAUGAGAAGAAAGCAGCUGUGCACAGAGCACUGUGCGACAACAUAGACACACGCACGGUAAUGGAGGAUCUGCGUGCCCUUGUGAGCCAGUGUAACACGUACAUUGCAGCAAAGAAAAGCAACAAAGAGUUACCAAAUCGCAUGCUGCUGAGAACUAUUGCAACUUACCUCACAGAGAUGCUGAAGAUUUUUGGAGCAAUAGAGGGUGAAGAGCCCAUCGGGUUCCCUGUUGGAGGAGAUGAUAAGAAUUUAAAUCUGGAAACCACAGUAAUGCCAUACCUGAAAGUACUGUCAGAAUUUCGUGAAAGUGUACGACAAAUUGCCCGAGAGAAGAAAGUCAGUGAGGUUUUGCAGCUCUGUGAUGGUCUUCGAGAUGAUAUACUUCCAGAACUUGGAGUCCGUUUUGAGGACCAUGAAGGGCUACCCACUGUGGUGAAACUGGUGGACAGAGAGACAUUACUGAGGGAGCGAGAAGAGAAGAAAAAGAUUGAAGAAGCGAAAAACAGGAAGAAGGAAGAGGCAGCCCAGAAGAAAAGAGAACUAGAGGCAGUGAAACUAGCAAAGAUGAAAAUCCCUCCCAAUGAGAUGUUCCGAUUAGAAAAAGACAAGUAUUCCAAGUUUGACGAAAAUGGAUUUCCAACUCAUGAUACUGAGGGUAAGGAACUCAGCAAGGGACAGACCAAGAAACUUAGGAAAGUUUACGAAACUCAGGAGAAGUUGUAUAACCAAUAUGUGCAGACACUGCAGAAUGGCAGUACCAGCUAAAUGCAUUACCGGGACUGUGUUUCCAAGAGCAAGAAGCACAAGAAAUGGCGGGAAUAAACAAAUAAAGAGACUAUUUUUUUACUUUUGGUGAUGAGAGGUGCCAAGAGGAACUGACUGAUGGACUCAAAUAAAUCCGUGGGUCUGAACAGUUAACUUUGUUCUUGUUCAAUGAAGGAUGAGAGACUGAAGGGCAUAGUAUGUUAGGCACCUGUUGUUCACAUUCAGGACUGAGUUUAAUCCAUUCUGGGUUGAUUAAAUCCAAACAUUAUUGGGCAAUCCAAAUUCUGUUCAAUUCAGUUCCUAAUAGCAGGUCGCCGUUAAACGGUAAUUGGUUGCAUCAGUUAAGCCAAAGACUGACUGGUAUGUAAUAUAAACUUAUGGGGGUGAUCCCAAAGAUUGGGACAAAAUAAAAGGGAUCACUGAUGCAUCUAACCAAACUACAGAUAAUCUCGGAAUAAAUAAUUCAGAUUAUGUAUCUGAAAAGCAAAGCAUUUAAUCUUCAGUGAUAUCAUUCAAUUUAAUCAGUAUAAAAUCCACAAACGUUGCAGAAGCUUGAUCUUUGAAUAAACUAUUUUUGGGGGAAGAACAUGCUAAUUGUUUGAUAUUCUCUCUCUCCCAUUAAUAAAUAAGAUCACUUUCCGUCCACCAAUUGUGUAUGUUGCUGUCAUCUUAAUUAAUGCUGCUUUGAUUAAUAAUUUGAGAUGUAUGGGUAGAUAUAAUUUGUUGAUUGAAAGUCUGAUAUUUUUAAAUUGUAUGUUAUCUGCUAGUCUGCUUUGAGAAUAUAAGAUUGACAUGGACCAGGAUACUCCUUGAUCAAGCUUCCCUUGAAAACUUUCUUGUAUCUGACUCAAAAAAAACAAGUCUCCAUUUUCUGAAGUUUAACUUUGUACUCAGAUUUAUGUGGACAGAGGGCCCUAAUCCAACAGUAGAUUAUUUUCUCCAGAAUAUCUUAAGAUUUCUAUUACUUUUACAUUGGGUUUGGGUGUCUUUCUCAUAAUUUUCAAUUGAGGAGCAACUGUCUGAUUCCUACAGGUUUUUGUCUUCCUUCGAGUUAAGUGCAUAUUACUUAAACUAUCACACUUCUGUAACUGGGGCAAACAACAAUCACCAGAUUUAAAAAGAUGUUUUGAUACUUAAACUUCAUCAAUCUUUCUUAAAUGCAGCCUCUAACUUUUAACUAAUUUGUCUGCAUUGAAAAUUGAGCAGCAAACAAUAAUAUAAAAACAUGUAUUGGCAAGUUUUUUUUAAUAACAUAGGAUUGAGUUAUACAUAUCAAUUAGCCUGCUAAUAAUAGUUUGAUGAUCUAUCUCAUAUUGCUUUUAUCUCUGUGGACUGAACAAGGAGGAGAGUAAAGCUUCACUCUCCCUUUCUCGUUUUAAUCACUAUGUGUGGAAUUGGGGAAAUCAUAGAAAAGGAGAGUUAAAUUCAGCUCUGGUUGAUAGCUAUAAACCACUAAUAUUUUGAUUUGGAGAGCCUUACUCAUUGUUUCCAGCCAGAUUGUAUAUAAUCAAAUAUUCAGUGUUUACAAAUCUUUUCAGCUAUAAAUUCAUUUUUAUAUCUGUUUUCUCAAGUCCUUCUGUUAAGAUACUAAUUCUUGCUCAAGUGUUGAACCACAAGUGCCCAAUCACACACAUUAGCUCAUCCAACUGACGAUUAUCCUUAUGCAAAUCUUGAGAUCGGACAUAAGAUAAAUCAUAAAUUAUAUCCUCCCCCAAUAUCCAUAGAUUCACACUUUGCUGAUCACUUGUGUUUUUGUACUCCUUCACAACUCAUCUCAACUUCCUAUCCCAAGUAAACUUAAACAAAAUAAAUUUUCCCCACCUGAGAUGUACUUAGCCCAAACCAAUGUCACACAACAAAAACUUACUGGUCUAUGAUCUCGGUAUCACACCAGGUGUUACCUUUGUUUUUUGAGCUUGCUGCAGAAGACUUUAAUGUCUUUAUGCUAAAGUGUUGAAAUGUUAAGUUAACCGCUGAUGCUUACCAGAAAAUUAUCAUGAAUUAGCAACUGGCACCUUUCAUGUACUUCAACAAGGAACACAAAAGUGAGUGUUUUUAAAUAUGGUACCCAACUCUUUUUGAACAUUGAACAAUGAGCAUUAAGCAAGUCUGCUACUUAACCUACAAACCCUGUAAUGCAGAGCUGAUGUUCCAGAGCACCAAAUUGAUAUCUGAGAAACCAGAGAUACUACUACUACCAUAUAAUUCACAAUGUUAUGAUUUUGGAGCCUUAAAAUGAGUGAAGUGUCAAAUAACAGUCAAAUAUAUAAUGUAGCAUUCUCACUGCAGAAAGUAGCAGAAAUCUAAUCUGUAGCGGUUGUUCUCAGCAUUACAAUGGUGUUGCAUGGUGAGGAAGGAACUUAUCCAUUCCGUCCAGCACUUCUGUGGACAUUCAAGUGUUUAGACUUGAUUUUAAAAAAUCAUCUGAUGAGCACUUGACGGAUCUGUGGCAGCAUUACAAAAGAAUUGCAGUAGUUAAGGCUGCCUUUGAAAUGUUCUUAAGAAUAAACUGAAUUACCAGAGGAUUUAUUUCAGCUAUCCUUCUAAUUAUGAAUUUCUUCCAUAAGCCUCUUCCACAGAAAAGCAUUUUCUAAUAUCUAAGUGUAUGACUCCUAGCAAAGGAUUCACUGUGAGGAAUUGAUGAUUUAUACCAGUGCAACCCACAAAGAUUACAAUGGCAAAAUACUGUUUCUGAGCAAUAUAUGGAAAGAGAUAUAAAAAUGUCUUCUUUACGGCUUGGAUUUUCCUGAGAAAUGAUGACAGUUUUGUGGUUUUCUUUUCUUCCCAACCCUACCAUUGAAGAUGCUCCAGGGGAUCUAUUUGUCCUGUCGGGGAUGCAGGUCAAGCUUUUAACAAAAUUGGCAUGGAAGUCUUUAACCUUGUCUCCAGUGUCCAGACUUGGCAAAUAUGUGAAUGACUGUAGUGUGCUGAUUCUGCAUGAGCCAGAGAGUCUUGAGAUGUUUAUAUAUUCCACUGGGGAUGGUCAUUGAAAUGCCAGACAAGCUCAUUUUUGACAGUAAAACCAGCCCAUGAAGGCAGCAUGAAAGCAGGCGUCCUGAACUACUUCAGAAGUCCUCAUCAGCAAUUGCUGACUGCACUCUAAUGUUGGCUCCCCAUGGGGUCCAGUGGCAGAAUACUAACUUACUGCAGUUUCACAGCAGUUUUACUAGAAAACUGUCCACUGAACCUGCACCAAUUUAGAUCGAGUCAGUGACCCAUUCAUUUCAAAGGAGAGGAAUUG